UCUACUAUACAACCGCUGGUGCCCUGCGUUUGUGUUUUGGUCGGUCGAGGACGCGGUUGAGGACGACCUGGUUGACACACCACACUAUUCAUCCGGGUUCAUUUGCAUCAUGCGCUCUGGUUAAUUUUGCAACUGCAAUUGUUGCGCCAAAACGCCGGACGUCCGCCAAGACACACGACGUCCGCGACACCGGAAAUAAAAUUCUGGGUUAAAAAUUCGUUUUUCUUUUUUAAUAAUCCAGCAGUAAACAACAAGAGCUCCGACGUCAGUAAAAAUGAGUUUUUUAAUUUGGUCGCUGAUAUUGUUUUUGUGUGCAUCGUCAUUUGCUAACCAGGAACCUGGAGUGCUAGCUACCGUAGAAGAAGAACCACAAAAACCCAUGACCCUAAAAAAUGGCUAUCAUCCAGGAUUAUUUCCAUUUAAUAAAGGAGAACCUUUUGUAAUGGACCCUAACAUGGGUUCUAUUGACUUUAACACAAAAUCACCAAACCAGAAGUCCGAAGAAUACUACGAUUAUGAUACUAAAUUAGAAGAAGUACCUUAUGACUAUAAAGGUGAUCCAAUAGACAGAAAAGAUGAAGGGGAUAUAAUUUUACCUAGACCUAAUGAUAUUAAGCCCACCAAUAAUAAAAAUAAACAAACAGAUAUCUACCAAUUUUUAAAUUUACCAGUAAAAUACAGUUCAAGUGACAAAUUUCCCUUGAUGUCUAGUUCUUAUGCAAACACAAAAGUUCAAGGGUCCGGUAUCUCUUCUCUCAGCAAUCAUAAAAUUGCCCAAUCUUCUAAUCUACCUACAUCUACUAGCGCUCCUACUUCGUGGCCGACUACUUCGAAAUCAACUUAUAAAACUACUACAAUCAGUGUACCAAAAACUACUACGACAACUACAACAACCACGACAACUACUCAAAAACCCUAUCAAGAAUAUGAGGAAGAGUCCAUGUAUGAUUACGAUUAUUACCAUCCUCAAGAAUCUGUAUCUGUAACCACCAAUAAAAUUCCAACGCCUCCGACGUCCACUAGUAGUCCGACUACUACAACUAUUCAUAAUAAACCUUCUAUAAUUAUGCCAGAAUCUACAACUGUUUAUAAAGCUAUCUUAUCCACCACAAUUCCGCCAUCAACUGAAAAUCCAUACUCUACAUCAGUUAUUCCAAAUAAAACAGUAGUGUUAUCUUCGUCCACUUCACGGCCAGAUAUUGAUUCUAAACCAGACGAAACUUCAUUUCCAGAUUACGAUGCAGUGAAACCAACAGAAAAAAAUGAUCAACAAUAUAGUCAAAAUUUCAAGCCUUUACCAAGCAACUAUCAAUUUGAUGACAAAACGUAUCCAUUACUAACAAAUAGUAAAACUCCUAUGACAUUUACUGCACACGUUUCAUCAGGCAUAUCUUUAAAUAAUAACAAUAAAGAACACGAAACAAAGUACUCGUCUGAUUUGAGACCUCCGCCAAUAAAAGCAGAAUCAACAUACGCCACUAGAAUUGAGAAGCCAGAACCACAGAACUUCAAUAGAACGAAAGAUAUUGUUUAUGAAACUAGACCCACGCUAGGCAACAAACAAGAAGUAUCUAUGAACCCAUCAGAUUCUACGUAUUUGAAAACCCAACAGCAUAAAAUAGACAACACUGAACAUCGAGAUAUGAUACACUAUAAAGUCAAACCAGAUACGCCGUCUUACCCAAAUGUACCUUCAUAUCGACCUCAAGGGUCACAAAUUCAAAAUCGUCCAUACCAACCAGAACUGCCAAUAAUAAAAUCCCAAACGGAAUUACUAAAAAAACCAUUAAAUACCGAAGUAACUCCAAGUCGACCACAUACAUACAGCGUACAAGAACCAGAUCCCUACAUAAAAGUAAAACCUCAACAAAUUGUACCACAAAGUCAACCGGACACAUCAAAAUUCAAACCUCCUAAGCACGUGAUAAACCAUUUCAUAAAAACUCAGCCAAACGAAGACACUAAAAGCUACGCACUUCAAACUUCAUUCUCGAUUGGCAUGGACGGAGAAAGAACGGAUAUUCGUCCUGGACAAGGCGUUGGGCAAGUAUUACUAGUCGAAAACGCAUCUCUCGAAACUAAAGUAAAUCAAUCAAGCCCAGCUAAGCCUAAACCUACUACAUCAAUUCCACUAAUUCCCCCAUCGAGGCCAGUGUCAAAACCAGCUGGAUAUCCAAGACCUCAAUGGGAAAACAUACAGAAACCUCCCCCGUAUUAUCCUCCGAAACGCGAAGGUCCACCGCCACCACCACCUCAUAGAACAAACUUACCCAAUAUUCUACCUCAAUUUAGGCCUAACGCUAAAGUAGAUAAUCAGCCAUUACCUCCAUCACAUUCUGCAACUAUUGAAAGAGUACAAGUACCAAUAGACCACUUGCGGCCUCCACCAUUACCGAAACCCCAAUUCUUAAGAUUAGACAGAAAUGAUGAUAAUAUAGAAGAAGAAAUUGUAGAUAUCCCGGAAAAAGAAACAAGGAUUUUACAAAGAACUGGCCCGCAGCAAGCAAAAGUAACUACUUUACAAAUGAUGCAACAUGGAAGUCCAUCUAAGGUUUAUGAAGAUAACAAAGAAAAUCCAGUUCAUGUUAUUUAUGCGUCGAAUAAUUCGCCUAAACCCGCAAUAGAAAAAUUAUUAGAUGACCCUAUUAUAAUAGAUGCCAAGGACCGAUCUGACGUUCCAAUUUUAAAAACAAAGACUGCUCUUAACAAACCAAUCAAAACCGAUUUCCCAUACCAGAUAGUAAAACCAGAUGAAACGCAUAAUGCCACCACUUCAUUAGAUUACAACGCAUACACUCCAACAAAACCAGAAUCUUCAAAACCAAAUAUUGAUCAAGGACUUUUACCCAAUCUCCAAGACUAUGUACCGAUGGUAACACGCAGUCCAGCUUCAAACUUUGUAACUCCCUCAAAACUUAUAACUGCCACGUUAAAAACAUCAGAAGACAAUCAUAAGACCACAAAUGAAGGACAUCAACCACUAUUACACAAUUUUCAAAUCCCAUUUCAACCUAGUCUUAAAAUUCCUGAGAACAGUAACGGCUGGUCAGUAGUGAAAAAAUCUCAGAUUGAUGCUUCGGAAAAAAUAGAUGAAACUGGUGAUGUAGCUGCAUCCACGGAGAGAUUUGACCCAGAUAAUUUCAAACCCCAAUUAGUUGGAGGCUUUAUGCCGAUCGCGUCACCCCAGGAGGAAUCAAAUGAACAAAAGAACAAUGAAAAAACAGAUAGAUCGAAGAAAUAAACUGCAUUAUUAUAAAAAUAUAAUAAACCGAAUUUAUUUUUAGGAUAAUUAUUGGUCGGUUUUAAAUUGUAUUGAUUCGCGGCACAAUUUAUGACAGAAAAUGAAAUUGAUACUAGGAUAAUUUAACGUUUUAUCAGUUUUACUCCUGAUGAAUUCUCAUUUAAUGUAAUUUGUAAAUAAUGUACAAACAAUAAAAAAUACCUGCCUAAUUUAA